UUUUUAAUUAACUAUUUUCAGUGUUGUUUGACCUGACACCACUAGAUGUCUCGUCAAUCAUCCAUAUAUAUAACCAGGCACGUGGUGGAAUCAUGAGUCAUUUGCUAGUUGACUUUCGCGAAGGAAGAACCUCGUCUGUUCGUGCAAUUGAUUGGAAUACAACACGUGGUGAAUCUAGCUCUUCAGUGAAACUUAAAUGGAAUUAUUCUACAACUCACGAAAUUGAAGUACGAUUACUAACCACACCAGACACCACCCGCUCCCAUAUCAACGCAUUUUGUAAGUCUCAAAAUUAAAUAUCAGCCUUCGAUUUGAAACCAAAGUUCUGCAGUUGUUGCCCCAAGUUUUCCGAGAACAAAUGGCAACACCAACAAAGCCGUUCUGUAUUGUUUACUUUGAAAAAGACGAAACGUAUGAAGCUGUGUGUUCAAAGUGGCUUGAUGAAGAUGGUGAUUGCUGGUGGCCGAGUAAUAUCAAAAACCGUUCAAAUCUCGUUAAAAAAAUACAGAGAGAAGAAGAAAUCAACCCGGAAGAAAUGGACGCUUACAAAGCUCAAGUCUUGAAGUACUACGAUACAUUUUUGGCUGCCAAAAAGAACGCGGAUCUCACGCAGCGUGAGAAACCCAUCCAAAGUAGCACCGAUGCGGACAAUCGCGGAAGGAGUAAAAGAGUAAUAAAACCAGUGGCUAAGUAUGCGGAAUUUUCAACUGUCAGUAUCAACAGCCGUUCAUCUGACAGUGAAACUUCAAGCGAUUCGGCUAACGAGAGAGAGAUGAAUCCGCGCCACAGAGAAAGCUAUUCUAAAUCCAGUAAAAAAAAUUCGCUGUCAGAUUUUCCGAUUCCAAAUGAAAACAUGGGAGCUGCGGGUCUCAGUCAGAUUGCAGUAGUAAAGGAGAAACUUUCAAACCCUUCAACUGAAAAGAAUCAACAAAAACGUCCUCGACUUAAUUCUCCAAGCGACGACAGUUACAACUUAUUUGACGGCUUCAUGGAAUUUAAUUCACAAGAUUUGACUGAAGCUUCUUGUUCGACGCCUACAACAUCGGCACGUAGUCAAUCGUCCCUGUCAGUCCUCCCAAGGCCACCUUCAACAGCCAAUUCAGAUAAAUCUGUUUUUAAAGAUACAGUGGAUGACAGUACAGUUAUUAAGAAGAUCCUAAAAGAAGUGUUUGCAAGCCUGGAACUUUUGAAGAUUAAUCAGCGACAACAAACUACUCUGCUGGACCUACUGGUUUCACGUUCGAAUGCUGGGACUGUAAAAGAAACUUCUUCAGAAUUAGAAGGAAACCUUGGUUUACCUCUAAAAAGUUUGGCUGCUCUAGAAAGGUUCGAAAUUGACCUAAAAGAUCAAUCAACCAAAAGCAAACUGAUCAACAUUUAUUCGUUUGUGGGAGGCGGAUCACUGGCAAACGUAGUUAACCGCAUUUUCCACCGUAUUUUGGAUGAUGAAGUUGCUCAGCAUUUCUGUUUCAGAGGCCAAAACGCAGGAAAAAGGGCGUUUGAACACCUAGGUACCUGCAAACUGAUUGAAGAAUGUGUGAGACGUACGGCGGAAUUCGGUGACGCCAAAGAGUCUGACAUCGAAGAUAAAAUAAAGAAUUUGUUGAAGAAGGCUCCUGCCCAAGUCAUGAAAGCCCGGCAGCCAAAGAAACACACUGCCCAGCAGCCAGAUUCCGGCGAGAGCUAAACUAGCUCUCGCUGGGAUCUGGUUGUGUGUCAACACACUGCAAAAACUAAUUGGAUUUCAUUUUUUUUUAAGUAAUCCUUGUUUCACGCAGAAAUGUAAUUUGAAUUUUUGUACUCACUUAAAUGAAUCUGGA